CAUCUGUUGCUGGAAUAUUUUCUCACAGCAACAGAAAUGAAGCUAGAACAGAAGAUUUUGGGGAUUGCCAAAUCAAAGGGUGUUAUAUCUUUGAAAGUUAAUAAAGUAGGGGCAGAUGUUACAGAGAAAAGGAGAGAUGCAGUCAUGGAGGGUUAAUAGCCAAAGAAAAGAGAGUUUUCCCCCAAAGGUACAGGUUAUUAUCUGGGGAUCUUUAAGCAAUUAAAAAAAUAGCAUUUUUCAUUUCUGAUUUUCCGUUGCGGAAAAAUGUUUCUGAAAAUAACCUUCAAAGGGUAGUGACAUGGAGGCCAUGAGACCAGCUGAGUUAUGGGAUUUAUAGACAUCUAAGGAGGGAUGUGAGUCUUUACUUCAUAGAGACAAUACCGUGAAAAGGAUUUUAAAAAACUUUGUAAAGUUUAGGAGACAUAUUUGUAGGAAUCAAAGAUUAGUUGGGAGAAGCUAGGGAGAGAAUGGGUGAGUGUGAGGGUUCUUUCCAGGGUUCUGUCUUGGUAGACAGAUAAUAUAAAACUUUCAUCUACAGAGAAGCAUGUCUGAUGUAGAACAGAUUGAAGAGGAAAAACUGGUCCUCUUCCUGCUUCCUCUUCGAAGGGGAUCCUUGAACCCUGAGGGGAGGGAUUGACAGAGCCAUCACAUUUGAGGAUUGAGAAGAAAUGCUGAGACUCAAGUAAAGCUCCCUCUUCUGCCCCACAUGUCCGCCAUGGGUGCUGGGAAGUCUAAACUAGAUAACUGCCUUCUUUCUUGGCACAAGAGACACAGUGAGGAUGCAGAUCCAGACGGCCAUGAAUCGGAGGAUUCUAAGGAUGUGUCCUUGCAUGGUUUUGUGGAACACAGCACUAGAACAGACCCGCCAGGAGAGCAGGAGGGAGCUGAGGCAAAAGGCGAGAUGCCUGAGGAGGAAGCUGAAGAAGAAGUCUUCCUCAAAUUUGUGAUCCUGCAUGCAGAGGACGACUUAGAUGAGGCCCUCAGGGUCCAGGAUCUGCUGCAAAAUGACUUUGGUAUCAGGCCGGGGAUCAUUUUUGCCGAGAUGCCGUGUGGCAGGCUGCAUUUGCAGAAUCUUGACGAUGCUGUAAAUGGGUCUGCGUGGACCAUCUUGUUACUGACUGAAAACUUCCUUCGAGACACCUGGUGUAACUUCCAGUUCUACACCUCCCUGAUGAACUCUGUGAACAGGCAGCACAAAUACAACUCCGUCAUACCCAUGCGGCCCCUGAACAGCCCCCUCCCUCGGGAAAGGACUCCCUUGGCGCUGCAGACCAUCAACGCCCUAGAGGAAGAAAGCCGAGGCUUUUCUACCCAAGUGGAGAGGAUUUUCCAGGAGUCCGUGUACGAGAGGCAGCGAACGAUAUGGAAGGAGACGCGGAAUGCGCUACGGGGACAGUCCGUUGCCUGAGACGAUGCAGACAACCGGCUGGCUCCUGUUUUGUAAACAAAAUGAUUCAUCUUCACUUGAGCAAGCAGUGUCUAGGCAAUGCUUCUCUCUGAGUGCGGCUGCUUUUAAGAAAUCUGUGGAGCACAGGAAAGCUACAUUUCUGCAGGCUAUGGUACUUUCUGAUGAUAAACUCCAGGUUGUCAGUUUCUAGCACUUUUUUUUUUAAUAGUUUCCAUAGUUUAUGAAUAUUCUUAACUCAUUUCUUACGUUACUGUGAACAGGCAUAUAUGACAGCCAUUUUUCAAACUACGGUAUUAAAAGUUCUCAAAAGACAUGAAGAAAAUGGCUCCGACCGCGAGAGGCCUGACCACUUCAUUCCUAUUUCUCCCAGGAAUGGUACCACAAAGCAUCCUGGUGCUGUCAAGCAGAAACACGGAUGGCCAGACUGGGACAUGUGCCAUGUGGAUGCACACACGUAGUAGAUCAGAAGUAGAUGUCAGAAUGGUCGGGCUUUUUUUGUUUGUUUUGUUUGUGCCGGAGUUUGGAACCAGGUUCCACCACGAAUUAGCGAUCAUUCUGAGAGUGUGGUAGCUAGGGACUCUAUGGAGAUGUCCCCUGACCUCCCAGUUCCCAUCUGUAACCAGGGUUUUAUGCGCGGAGCUUGUAAAAAGCAUGCCAUUCUCUGGCUGUUUGCCUUUGACAUCAAUAACCUUGUAUGUGAACCCUUAGAAAUGUCCCUCAUACACAGUGACUGAUUCAGGGGAUGUUGUUUAUCUAGGGUGGUCUGACUGAGUGUGGGUGUGGUCUGUGUUUGUGUAGAGAAUGUAUUUUUACCAUCUCCCCUUUCUGGGUCUAAUAGGCCCACACAGACCUGUACCUUUCCCUCACAGAACCGCAGCCUAUUUGAGACCAAAGCCCUGCAAACAAGCACAGGCUGGGCUUGUGGCUAAGGGUGAGUCAUGUCAAAUAAUGAGAAAGUGCCCAGUGGGGGCCAGGAGACCUACUUGCAAGCCAAUCUCUGACACUGAGGAUGAAUGUGCCAGUGGGCAGCCAUUCCCCUUUGUCUAGGAAAUGAAAGGGUUGGAUUGAUGAAUCUCUAAAGGCUUUUGUACGCUCCCAGGACAGGAAAAACUGGAAGCCAGAAAGCAACAAGCAAAGCCUUAAAUGUUCAUGAGGUGCUACAUAGUGUGAUCAUUGCAGAAGACAUAAUGCAUGCUUACAAUGAAUUAAUAUUUUGCAUCAUAAUUGAUUUUUAAUGACAGUCACAGAAAAGAAUCUAUACAUGCUUACUUGGGGUUUUUGGUUUUGUUUUUAUAUAGGAUAUCUCUGUGUAGCCCUGACACUUGCUGUGUAGACCAGUUUGGCAUCGAACUCACAGAUCCACCUGCCUCUACCAUGGGAUUAAAGGUAUGCAUUACCACAUGCAGCUACUCAGGUUUUUUUUUUUAAGAUAUAUUUUUUUAUAGAAACCCAUGAACAAAGGCAUUCUUCCCAGUUCAUGUGUCUCCUGGUCCUCACCUCCCUGGAUCCCCCACUGCCACCGCUCACUUCUUUAUAGCUACAAGCCACUGUGCCCCACAAGGAGCCUGCAGAUCAGUCAGACCUCGUGUCUGCUUCCCAGAGAAGGCGACUGCCUUCGUGGCAUCCUCUCAACCUUCUUUGCCAGGGUAACUUACUACUCAUUUCGUCUUUUUCAGGUUUAGUAAGUAUCCCUUCAUUAUUAUUGCUAUUAUUAUUGCUGUAAUGCUUUCAAUUUCACAAGUGCCAUAUAAUAAGAAGACAUUAACCACCCACCUUUCACAUGCCUGCCAAACUGGAACUGAUGCUGGGUGGCAUUUCUGAACAAAUGUUUUUCUUCUUUUUUAUCUCCAGUGAAGACUUUGAUAAGUAUUCUGAGAAUAUCAAUUUAUGUUCCUGAGAGAGCACGGCACGAUGUUCCAGGCAACCUGGAGCUCGGCAGGCCUUUUGCUGUUGUUUUGUUUUGUUUUUGUUUUUACGCAGAACUAAAUGUUAGGUACUGAGUAAUUAUAAGUGUUAAAAUGAGCAAGAAAUGGUUAUCAAAAUAACUAAGGAUAACAAAGGCAGAGGUGUGGACCUUAUGGUUCUGUGUUAAUGCACACAUACAUAGCUUUAGAUAUACACAUCAACGAUUCGGAGAAACUCUGCCACAUGCCAGCAAGUUGUCCUGAGUACUCUGUGCCACCCACCUGGGAGCUGCUGUAGAAGGAUGUGAGCUAUGCCUGAACAAACAAUUCUCCACGACCUAAAGAAAAAGUAUAGUGCAUUGCCAGGUGUGGUGGUGCAUGCCUUUAGUCCUAGCACUCGGGAGGCAGAGGCAGGCAGAUCAUAGUGAGUUCAAGGCCAGUUUGAUCUAUCUAUAGAGCAAGUUCCAGAAAAAUGGUUACACAAAGAAACUCUGUCUUGAAAAACUAAAUGAAAAGAAGGGAGGGAGGAAGAAAGGAAGAAAGGAAGGAUAGUUUAUCUCACUUCUAAGCAUCCUAGAAGAUGUGUCGGCUUAAUGAGGUCACUCAAGACCUAGGUUCUUUCCUGCAGUGGAAUCUUAUAUGGCCUUGAAAAAUAGUAAAAUUCUGACAUAUGCUAAAACAUAAAUGAACAUUAUAUUUAAAAAGAAAAUACCAUAUGCUUUCACAUAUAUGUGAUAAAUUCAUAGAGACGGAGUCAAGGGCUGUAGCGGGAGAAUUAGGACGUUAAGUUUUCAAUAGCUGAAGAGGUUGGUUUGGAGUAAUAGGGAAGUUCUGGUAAAGUCCUUGCUAGGUACAUUGUGAAUGGACCUAACACUAUGAAAAUGAAACUGUACACUUAAAAAUUAUUAAAACAAUACGUUUCUAUAGGUGCAUUUUGCCACAGUAACUUUAAAAUGUAAACAACAGAAUCCAAAAAGUAUAAGCCCAAGGUCUUCCUAUCUUUUAUCUCCGCCAUACUCAGUUUUCCACUUGUGAUUUCCUCUGAAUUGUGUUGUGGCUGCUCCAGGUUGGACCCACAUGUAGACAGAAUAGUAUCCAGCCUACUAAGUCCAGAGGAGUGGUCCACCCAAGGAGGAAAAGUAUUUCAUUACUGCUAUUAAAAAUACUCAGUGAUAUUGAA